GGCGAGUCUGAGCGCCGGCCCCUGCCCAGCCUGGCCCACCGGGUGCCGGUGCUGAACGGGCCCGUCCUGCCGGGCACCCACCCGGGCACCCACCCGGGCACCCACCCGGGCACCCACCCGCCCCUGUUCCUGCCCGUGGAGCAGCACGAGCCCAGCGGGGCCCUGUCCCCCCGCCUGCAGCCCCUCAUCAUCCUCGAGCCCUCGGUCACACACGCUCCCCUGCUGGCAGUGCCAGGCCUGGGCACGGUGCCCUUCCCCUUCGGCCCCUCCCUGAUCCCUGCCGAGCGCCUGGCACUGCCCGGGCACCACAAACCGCUGGGCAGGACCCGCUCGGAGCCGCUGCCCCAGAACCCCAAGGCCAUCCAGCAGCAGCAGCUCCUGUUCCAGCAGCACCACGCCCAGUUCCUGGAGAGGCUCCGGCAGCAAACGCACCUGGGCAAGCGCGUGGCCAAGCCGAGCGAGAAGCCCCGGCUGCGGCAGAUCCCGUCCUCGGAGGACAUGGAGGCCGAGGGGACCCUUCCCGAGGCUGGCACGGAGGGCACCGACCCCUCCCGGACCCGCGGGGAGCCCCCCAGGCCGGGCAGCAGCGGGAAGGAGCCCGAGAGGACACCGAAGGUGCUGCAGCCUCAGGACGAGCUGCUCCUGCAGCAGGCCUACCUGUGGGACUCCUACCAGCGGGUGCAGCAGCAGCUCCUCAAGCGCCAGCCCCUGGACUCCCCCGCCGUGCCCACCCUGCCCACGGGGCACAGGCCCCUCUCCCGGGCACAGUCCUCCCCUGCCACGGCCACCGUGUCCCUGCCAGCCCAGGACAGCGCCAAGGGCCUGGCCCUGCCCGGGCAGGAGCCCCCGGCAAAGCCACACUUCACCACAGGGCUGGUUUACGACUCGGUGAUGCUGAAGCACCAGUGCUCAUGUGGGGACAACAGCAACCACCCCGAGCACGCCGGGAGGAUCCAGAGCAUCUGGUCCCGACUGCAGGAGAGGGGGCUGCGCGGCCGCUGCGAGUGCCUGCGGGGCCGCAAGGCCACCCUGGAGGAGCUGCAGUGUGUGCACAGCGAGCGCCACGUCUUCCUCUACGGCACCAACCCCCUCAACCGCCUCAAGCUGGACAAUGGCAAGCUGGCGGGGAUCCUGUCCCAGCGGAUGUUUGUCAUGCUGCCCUGCGGGGGGCUGGGGGUGGACAGUGACACCAUCUGGAACGAGCUGCACUCGUCCAACGCUGCGCGCUGGGCCGCCGGCUCCGUCACCGAGCUGGCCUUCAGGGUGGCCACCAGGGAGCUCAAGGUGG